GAAGACUUAUAGGAGGACGAGGAAGUCCGCGGAAAGGCGAGAUUUGGUCAGGCCGAGGGCGACCGCGGGUUGCCCAAUGCGGAAAAAGCCUCGGCUCAUUCGGUGGCGGUCUGGAUGCCUGAAUGCCUGGGCCGAGUGCGCGGUCAUCUCACCUCAGCGGAUGCGACGAAUCAGUAUGUUUUUGUGGGGUAAACUGGCAGUAUUCGGUGGCUAUUGCACUCUACUGUGUCUGUCUAUACAUCGGGAGAAACAGUGCCGAAUCAUCCCAGUCCUGUCGCUCAGGCACGUCGCUCAGGCAUCCGCAGCACCCGAAAUCGGCAUCGUGCAGCGCCGGCGUCGAGCUCAUUGGCCGGCGAUUAUCAGAUAACGAUCAGUCCAGGAUGCUGCAGUCUUCAGUUGUUCCUCGGUAAUUCUAUCUUCUAGAGAGGUCCUACGCAGUGUAUCGUGUCCGAUGUGCUUUUUGCUACUCUGCAUUCUCUGGGUGACUGA